AUGGCCCAUGCGGCAGCCGUCGACCUGGGAGAAUCAACGCCGGCCACCGCCGCGACGCCGCGCGCCGGCCCCGCUCGGCCGGAUCCCGCGCGCCGCCCGCCCGUCACCCCGCGCAAGCUAGGGUUUACGCCGUUUCGCGGCCCUCCUCCCCCUCCUCAAGAGGGAGCACUGCCAAAUUCACCAGAGGAGAUUCAGAGCCCUGAGUGGAAACCUUAUGUCAGAUCUCAAGCUCUUCCAGAAACUGCGCAUGUGACGACACCUGUAAGUUGGGUUAAGAGCACCCGUGAAGCUUUGACGCAUAAAGCAUUCGCCUAUGAACUGCAUGCACAGUUGGAUGCACAGAUACUAGUCAAUGCAGAUCUUACCCAGGGAAAACCACCAGCAAAGUCCGCCCCACGCCCCGUACGCAACCCUCCUCCUCUAGGUACGGAGACGCCAGCUACCUGGCUUCUCCUUUCAAUUUGUAGCCUUUUGUUUGCAGAGCGAGCACUGACAGAUUCAUCAGAGGAGAUUCAGGCUCCUGAAUGGAAACCGUAUGCCGGAUCUCAAGCUGUUCCAGAUACCGAGGUAAUCCCCUUCCCCCUCUUUCCAUCACUCUCUGUGUGCCAUGCAGGUGUGUUUGCUCAUCCAUCACUUCCCUCCUACAUGGGUGUGAGGACACCUGGGAGUUCACUUAAGAACACCUGUGAAGCUUUGGCGCACGAAGCGUUCACCGAUGAACAGCAUGCGCAGUUGUAUGCACAUAUAUUAAUAAAUGCAGAUCUUAAACAGGGAAAACCACCAUCAAAGGCUGCCAUGGUUCUGGCCUUUGGACGACCUGUGGAGGGUCAGAAACAUGCAUGGGAGGAGGUUUGGCGCGCUGCUCUUGACAGAUACCAGAAACAAAUGUCACCACUGGGCUUUGAGACACCUUUUAGUUCCCAGAAGAAUGGCCCCUUAGAACCAUCUCCUAUCAGCAUGAAGAAUCUUGAGGAGUUUGAGCUGAAGGAGGCACAUUCAGAGCUCGUUGAUGCACAGACUAGCAAAUGGCAGAACCAGAAGUCACCAGUGACUGGCUUUGAGACACCCAUCAAGUCUGUGAUAGGUAAUUGCGCAGCUCAAGGUUUGGAUGUUCAGAAUGGCGAAGAGCUGGCAGUCAGUUGUACUGACAAAGUUGAUCAAGAGUCACCUGAUGGCAGAAACAUAAUGAAUACAAUGUAUGGUAGGCUAGAGUCUCUUUGCGGCAGCACUCCGUUGGAAAGUUCAGAAAGCUUGACGGAACAGGACUCAUGUGUGAAAUGCGGUAAAGAUGGGCAGUUGCUGAAAUGUUCCAGCUGCUUCUUAGCCGCCCAUGCGACCUGUUUUGGUUCAUCGGUGACUUUCGAUGACUCUGGCUAUUUUGAUUGCCCUUUUUGCUAUUGCCAUAAAGCUGAUAAAGCAUUGGAAAGGGCUAAGAAAACAAAAUCUGAAGCUUGGAAAAAUUUAUCCGUUUUCUGCAGCGGCUCGAUGCAAUUUUGUAAGGAACCCAGUGAGCAAUCUACUGGAAAUCAGCAAAGACAUGCGAACUUCGAGGAUCAGAUGAAUGGCUUUCACACAGCUAAAAAGCAAGGUAACCAUCAGUCUGAAGCAGCUGAGCUAUGUCGCAAGGAUGAAGAGCCUAGUCAUCUGUUUUCAAAUAUUUAG